CCAGCCCAAUAUCAAUUUCCCAAAAGCGUCACGUACAAAUCGCCGGUUUCACAGACCUCCACGACUCGGUGCACAAAACCCAAUCCGACAUACCGCACUGAGUCGACUCGGCCGCAUCAUAUCCUGAUUUCUCUCUACAAUCUAUUCUUUUGGGUUUCAAGCCAAAUCGCUAGUUGCAAUGGCACCAUCACGUAACAUCAUCGUAGCCACCGGUCUGGUUGUUUUCGCGUCUGCCGGCUUAGCUUUCCCCUUUUACAUGGCAUCCUCCAAAAAACCAGUGAUAGAUCCAACAAAACCUUUACCUCCUCAAGCAACUUUUAGAGGACCUUACAUAAAUACGGGUUCACGUGAUGUUGGACCUGACCAUCGAACUUACCCAAAGAAAUGAUGCGAUCGAGUCAUGACAAUCUCCACAUAAACUGUAAACAGGAGUUUUCAAUGUGAGCUGUAGUAUUACAUUCUUAUAUUUGUCAUGGUCACUUUUGGAAUUUCUUAAGAAGAUUGUCAUCCAA